AUGGGGAAAAGGUUUUCAAUCAGCCGUUUACGAAUCCCACAAGACCGGAGUAAAAAUAUUACCAUCUUCAAUCUUCUCCAUCUUCCGUUUCCAGGCAAAGUGAACAUGACCCAGGAGUUUAUGCGCUUCAAAUGGGGUAUCGGGCGCAUCUUGGCCGAAUGCCGUGUCCACCCCAUUAUCCUGCCGCUUUGGCAUGUAGGAAUGAACGACGUGCUUCCCAACGCACCCCCUUAUGUGCCUCGCACUGGGCAGAAAAUCACUGUGCUCAUCGGGAAGCCGUUCAGUGCUCGGCCCUUACUGGAGCGAUUGCAUGCCGAGAACAAAUCCACCGUGGAGAUGCGCAAGGCGUUGACGGACUUCAUCCAGGAGGAGAUCCUGGCGCUGAAAGACCAGGCCGAGCGGCUUCACCAGACCUUCAAGCUCCAGAGCUAGCGAUGGGGCCGGGAUGAGCGUCGGGG